GAAUGACCAUGGAUAAAAGUGAGCUGGUACAGAAGGCCAAACUCGCCGAGCAGGCUGAGCGCUACGAUGAUAUGGCAGCAGCCAUGAAGGCAGUCACAGAACAGGGGCAUGAACUCUCCAACGAAGAGAGGAAUCUGCUCUCUGUCGCCUACAAGAAUGUGGUAGGUGCCCGCCGCUCUUCCUGGCGCGUCAUCUCCAGCAUUGAACAGAAAACCGAGAGGAAUGAGAAGAAGCAGCAGAUGGGCAAAGAAUACCGUGAGAAGAUAGAGGCGGAACUGCAGGACAUCUGCAAUGAUGUUCUGGAGCUGUUGGACAAAUAUCUUAUUCCCAAUGCUACACAACCAGAAAGUAAGGUGUUCUACUUGAAAAUGAAAGGGGAUUAUUUUAGAUAUCUUUCUGAGGUGGCAUCUGGAGACAAUAAACAAACCACUGUGUCAAACUCCCAGCAGGCUUACCAGGAAGCAUUUGAAAUUAGCAAGAAAGAAAUGCAGCCCACACACCCAAUCCGACUUGGCCUGGCCCUAAAUUUCUCAGUCUUUUACUAUGAGAUUCUAAAUUCUCCUGAAAAGGCCUGCAGUCUGGCAAAAACGGCCUUCGAUGAGGCAAUUGCUGAAUUGGAUACACUGAAUGAGGAGUCUUACAAAGACAGCACCCUGAUCAUGCAGCUACUUAGGGACAAUCUCACUCUGUGGACGUCGGAAAACCAGGGAGACGAAGCAGACGCUGGGGAGGGAGAGAACUAAGGUCCGCCGUGCUUCGUGGUCUGCUCAGCGUCACUCUGUACCUUCCACAUGUGUCCCUUUGUGCGAU